AUGAAUGCGCCGGUCACCAUCAGCGGUGCUAUUGACCCUGAUUCCGCCUCCGGUCAUCAUCAGCAUUCAGAACAAGAGAAAUGCUGUGUCUUCACCUUCCAACGACAAGAGAAGUCAUCAAAACACACUGCAAAAAUACCAUCCGAGCCUCCUUGGUCAUGGAUCGGUGAAGGAAGGAAGGCCCUAACACCACGUGCCGGGGAGUUUCUUCAGAAUACGGGGAAAGAGUUGGGCGCCAUCGCAAAAGAAUAUACAUCACUACUGGAAGUUUUCUUAUCCGAGUUGCCUGUCCAGCAGCACAUUGAUUUGAAAUUCCUUCUUUUCCGGCUUGACUUUACUGAGCUUUAUAGCCAACUAUAA